AUGAAGUCUAAUAUCAUCACCCUCGUUCUCUCUCUCUCCACCCUCACCCUCGCUGCCCAAAACUUCGGUUUCAUCGGCGUCCAAGAGGAUCCAACCUCCACACUCUCCAUCACCGAGUCCGAGACCUCUACCACCACAGAGCACCCCGGCACCGUCAUCGUCUACCAGACCACCGGCACGUCUGUCUUCUCCGAGUUCAUCUCUGACCCAACCUUCACCGGCAGCCUCUUGAGCACUGAGACGAUUGUUUACAGCGUCAGCUCUACCGUCUCCGGUUCUCAAGCUGCCAACACUACGUGCACCUCGACCAUCACUGUCGAUAAUUCAAGCACGGCUACGUCGGUUACUAGCACGACUACGGCUUCGGCUUCAGGUUCGACUUCCAGCGCUGCUGCAGCUACGUUGGGUCUUGGCGUUGGUGGAUUGAUGGGAGUUGCUGCUCUUGCUGCUUUCCUUUGA